GAGUUUCCCGUGCGCGGGAUGCGCACGCGCUGCAGUGUUGAUGGGUUGUCGACUUGAAAGGUUAAACUGAAACGGAUCAACAUAACUUAGUGUAGCUGAUUCAAGUAGAAUAUGUCAAGAUAUAUUGUAGUUUUAUUUGUCCUGUUAGAACUUCAACUCGCAGACCUCCACACCGUCCCACUGACCACCGAGUGCCCAGCUGUUGACCACUGCAAUGGUAAAUUCGUGCUGACACUGCAACAGUUGCACGAUCGAAAACUCAAUUGCGGGAAGUAUGCCCGCUACCUGGCGUGUGUUGAAGACAAACUGACCGAAUGUCACAAGGCUGCAACCUCCACUGAGAGCCAAAGCAGCUCGACCGAAACAUCCACAGUGUCAACAUCGGAAUCUUCCUCAGAUGAAACUUCUGAAUCCCCCACCACGUCCCCCACCACGUCCCCAUCUGAUACGACUACCCACGCCCACCCCCACGAACACAACCACACAGACUUUCAUUCGGAACAGCUUGUGAAGAUGAAGACGGCCCGAGCAAGUCUCUGUUCAAAGGAAGAGACUGGUGUUAUAACCAUUGAUGCCAAAUAUGUUACCCUUUUCGAGCAGUUUUAUAACAAGAAGGAACGAUACGCGAAUUUUGAGUACUACCCUUAUCUCCGUCAGAACUUGAGUAUGCAGGCAGGGUGCGGCCCACUGGCCAACUGUUCGCUGGCGCUGAAACCAUACGCCCAAUUUUCUGAGACCUACUUCCCUUGCCCGGCGCUUCUUGAGUUUGAAGAUUGUUUCAAGCUGAAUAGAGACGACUGUCCGGAGUUAAGAAACGUGACCUCCCUCCCGGCGUCUGUGAACGUUAUCGAUCAGGAGUGCGAAGUCGGUACCAGUUCAACGCUUACAACACCUGUGACCCUACUUCUCGUCUCCAUGUGGUGUGCUUGUGUCCUGUGAGUUGUCCGAGUGGACAGCAACAAUGACCGUUAGAUCUGGCAGUUUCCUGUGCAAUAUUUACAAACCUGAAUUGCAUUAAAUAGACUAAAGGAGAGAAA